UGGGGUAAAAGAUAAUUGUCAAAGCCACAGCCACACAUCACACGCAGCAUUCGCCUUUUGACGACCCACCUCAUUCAUUCAUCUCGAUCUGUCCACGACGAAGCUUAGUGUCUUGCUGUUGCCACUGUCUGUCCAGUCCUCUCUCCCGUCCUGUGUCUUGCAUCACUGCUGUAUCAACACCAACCACUCCCCGUCUUUUUCGUUGAUUGUAGUAUAGUCUAGCUAGUACAAUGGCUGCCGCCCUGACAGAAGACGCUCGCAAGAAGGCCAACCUUCGGUUGCUGCAACGAUCCAUCGAUGCCAACAUUCAAGACAUUGUGGGGAGUGCCACUCAUGUGGUCUUGUACGAAUACAUUGCUCCCCAAGGAUGGGAAAAAUCUCAAGUGGAAGGAUCCCUCUUCUUGGUGGCAUCGCAACAACAACAGCAACAGCAGCCAUCCUAUUCACUGGCCAUUUUGAAUCGGCAUUCCACCGAGAAUUUCAAAGUUGCCAUUACGGAACGAUUCCAAUUGCAGCACAAGGAACCCUACUUGAUCUUCAAACAGUCACCCAAAGUUCUAGGGAUUUGGUUCCAUAAUGGCAACGAACGGGUCGUCAUGGCGUCCCUUUUGAAUCAAGUCAUUCAGAAUCUACAGCAGCGAGCCAUGGCGGCUCCUCCCAUGACACCUCCGAGGCCACCACCACCGCAGCAGCAGCCACCACCACCACAACAACAACAACAACCAGCAGCUGCCCCUCCGGGAAUGGCAGUUACAGCGGGGAGACCAGCUGCCGUGUCUCCCAUGGCAACAACCACUACUGCUCCUCGGAGCCAUGCCAGCGUGGAUUCGCCGUCACAGCUCAUUGAACCCUUGAUGAACAGUCUCUUUGUGGCUCCCCCCGCGCCUGCUAAUUCUGACAGCGCUGCGGCAGGAUCGGAUACGUCGGGAAGUACCACUCCGACAAGGAGCAUACCGGGAGUUGCACUCGACAAGAAAAGCUUGCAAUUGGCACUCCUCUCGCUCAUUCAAGAUGAACGGUUUAUUGAUUUGCUACAUGCCCAAUAUUUGAAGGUAGCACAUGCUCGAGCCUCGCGAAAUAAUAACAAUAACAACAACAACAAUAAAAAAUAAGCACAAAUAUGAAAUUG